AUGACUUGUGUGCUUCAAGCUGCCAAAAACACACCAAGAAAGCAGUUCUCAAAGCCAAGAAGCCCGCAGCCAAAGAAACCUGCCACCGCUAAGAAUCUCAAAACCACAGCAGCGAAGAAGCCAGCGCUAAAGAAAUCUCAAAAGGCCAAGAAACCUGCUGCUAAAAAGAGGCUACAGAAGAGCCACAAAAAAAAGGCCAAAACUGGUGGAAAAGCCCGCGCUAAGGCCAGACUCGCUCCUCCAGAGCUGGGUUGCAGUUCCCCGUCGGUCGUGUUCACGGGCUUCUCCGCAAAGCUGGCGGUGCGCAACGACGAGCUGAACAAGCUUCUGGGCGGCGUGACCAUCGCUCAGGGCGGCGUGCUGCCCAACAUUCAGGCCGUGCUGCUGCCCAAGAAAACCGAGAAACCAGCCAAGACCAAGUAA